AUGUGCUCUCAGAGCUUUUCGUUCCACCUCUACACUUUGCCCCGCCUUCAAAUAAUUUCUUCUUGCGAAACCCAUCAUUCUUUUUUCUUCUUUGUGUGUCAUUCCGUUUCUUCCCAGGAGGCAACUUUCCUAGAGGAAAAAUCCGCCAGACCGAAUUUGACCUACCGUAAAUUUUCUGGGGUUUGCAGGUCAGAAGAACAAAGAGAAGAGAUUUUAGAGACUUUGAUUAGGUUCUGGAGUAGUACAAGAAAAGUGAGGAGCGGAGCGACGAUCUCGCGCCGCAGGCGCCCCAGCCAGCUGUUUGAAGCGCCGGAGGCGCGGCAAACAGGCUGGUAUUUUUAA